AUGUCUGAGCCAGAGGUGACCAGCGUUGUAGAUAUGAAAUCGCCCAACAUAUCCUCCUCCUGCUCCUUCUUCAAGCUGAAGAAGCUGUCGGAGGAGUCGCUUCUGCAGCCGCCUGAAAAGGUCUUCGACAUUAUGUACAAGCUGGGCGAGGGCAGCUAUGGAUCGGUCUACAAGGCAGUUCACAAGGAAAGCAGCUCCAUUGUGGCCAUCAAGCUGGUGCCGGUGGAGUCCGACCUGCACGAGAUCAUCAAGGAGAUAUCCAUUAUGCAACAGUGCGACUCGCCGUAUGUGGUGCGCUAUUACGGCUCCUACUUCAAGCAGUAUGACCUGUGGAUCUGCAUGGAGUACUGUGGCGCCGGCAGCGUCUCCGACAUUAUGCGUCUGCGCAAGAAGACGCUGACUGAGGACGAGAUAGCCACUGUUCUGUCGGACACACUGCAGGGCUUGGUCUAUCUGCAUCUGCGUCGCAAGAUCCAUCGCGACAUCAAGGCGGCCAACAUCCUGCUCAAUACCGAAGGCUAUGCAAAGUUGGCCGAUUUCGGAGUCGCCGGUCAGCUUACGGACACAAUGGCCAAGAGAAACACUGUGAUCGGAACGCCCUUCUGGAUGGCGCCCGAGGUGAUUGAGGAGAUUGGCUACGACUGUGUGGCUGACAUAUGGUCAUUGGGCAUCACCGCCCUGGAAAUGGCCGAGGGAAAGCCCCCAUACGGUGAAAUCCAUCCCAUGCGAGCCAUCUUUAUGAUUCCGCAAAAGCCACCACCAUCGUUCCGGGAACCUGAUCGCUGGAGCACAGAGUUCAUUGACUUCGUGAGCAAGUGCCUGGUAAAAGAGCCAGACGACCGGGCAACGGCCACUGAACUUCUGGAGCACGAGUUCAUACGCAACGCCAAGCACCGAUCGAUUCUAAAGCCCAUGCUCGAGGAGACCUGUGCCAUCCGAGAACAACAACGCGCCAAUCGCAGUUUUGGGGGCGCCCUGGCUGCUAGUCAGGCGAAGAGCUUAGCCACCCAGGAAAACGGAAUGCAACAACACAUCAUGGACAACGCGUUCAUGGAGGAUCCGGGUACUCUGGUGCCGGAGAAGUUCGGAGAAUACCAACAGAGCUCUGCCUCAGAUGCCACCAUGAUAGCGCAUGCAGAGCAAGGCGCGGAUGAGGGCACUUUGGGGCCGGGUGGGCUAAGGAACUUGUCCAAGGCAGCUGCUCCUGCAGCGGCCUCCUCGACAGCAUCUCCUCUGGACAUGCCGGCAGUUGACAGCGGCACAAUGGUGGAGCUGGAGUCGAACUUGGGCACUAUGGUAAUCAACUCCGAUUCGGACGACUCCACAACGGCCAAAAACAACGACGAUCAGAAACCGCGAAACCGCUACAGGCCGCAGUUCCUGGAGCACUUCGAUCGCAAAAAUGCGGGAGAUGGUCGUGGCGAUGAAAAACCCAUAGCCACAGAGUAUUCUCCGGCAGCAGCGGAGCAGCAGCAACAACAACAGCAGCAGCAGCAACAACAGCAGGAGGAACAGCAUCUGGCCAGCGGGGCCAACGAUUUGAACAACUGGGAGCACAACAUGGAAAUGCAGUUCCAGCAGAUCUCCGCCAUUAAUCAGUAUGGUCUGCAGCAGCACCAGCAGCAGCAGCAAGUUCUGAUGGCUUAUCCCCUGAUGAACGAACAACUCAUCGCGCUCAACAAUCAACCGAAUCUACUGCUCAGCAACGCUGCGCCAAUGGGACAGCAGGGAAUACCGGCAGCGGCUCCAGCUCAACCGCCGCCCGCAUAUCAGAAUCAGCAUAUGCAUACGCAAUCGCACGCCUACGUUGAGGGUGAGUUUGAGUUCCUCAAGUUCCUUACCUUCGACGAUCUGAACCAGCGGCUGUGCAACAUCGAUCACGAGAUGGAGUUGGAGAUCGAACAGCUAAACAAGAAAUACAAUGCCAAGCGGCAGCCAAUUGUUGACGCCAUGAAUGCGAAGCGCAAACGCCAGCAGAAUAUCAAUAAUAAUCUGAUUAAGAUAUAGGUAAAGCAACUUACAAUUUCGCAAGACAACUGAUUAUGAAAUCUUAACUCACUCAAUUGCCUCUACAUUGGGUUAAAUUUGCAGAUGAAUACUGAAUCUUACAGACCCAUCAUCUGUAUCCUCUAUAAAUUAUUCGUGCAUUGUGCAAAUUCAACCUGGUGGAAGGGUCUAAAAUCAAUCACAAGAAAUGAAAACACAAAAGCUUUAUUGUAAAAUGCAGUGAAAACAGAAAAGAAGAGUCAUCGGCAGUAUCUUCCAGCACGAAAACAUAUUUUCUGUUAGUUUUCAUCACAUUUAUGUUUGGUUUCUUAUAUCCUAGCUUCCAAUGAUCUGUCUUUUAAUAUAAAUAGGUAUGCUCGAAUAAAAUUUAUCUUGCGUUUCUUGUA